AUGGGAAGGCUUCCCGACGGGCUACCCAGCCUAAACAUCCAGAUUAUGACCCACCCGCGAAGCAGAGACCGGAAUGCCAGAUACGACCGGGGUCUCGGGUUCCCCGUGAGUCUCGAGCUGAGUGCUAAGCCCGACCACAACCCUGAUCCUGCCGCAACCCGAGGCAUUUUCUACGCGAGUGGAACCGUGAAACUCUACUGCAGCCCCAGUCCCCGACGGCCUGCUGAUUCGUUUGGCGGUUCGGGUGGCUCGUGGCGGUCUGCCACUGAUAUGCAUGGAAGCACGGGAGAACCAAUGUUAAACACAGGGGCGGACGCGGGGGGAAAUGGCAUCACGCGGUCUGGAUACUCAUUCGAUUUGCCAAGUAGCUCGUAUACCUGGACCAAGCGCCUUGCUUCUCGCCUCUGGUAG